AUGGCCGCUAGCGCCAACGUCGACCCUGUCAUAGCGGCCAUGGCCGCCGCCGUCGCCUACGGGCGCGAGUCCGAGUCCCCCGAGCCCCACGCGGCCCCCGCCGCGCCCAAGCCCAAGUCCCAGCACCUCGGUGCCAAAAAACGCAACUGGUGCUGGAACUGGUUCGCGCAAGACCCAAACGACAAGCAGCUCGCAGUGUGCGACUACUGCGGCCGCAAAGUGCGCCGCCUCAAGUCGGACCGCGGCUCCCCCAAGAAACUGCUCGAACACCUGCACACUCACAAGAUCACCCCUGAGGUCGAGAACCCCGCGCGUUCCUCGAACCCGGCGAAACCAGAGUUCACCGCGGGUGUCCAGUCCUUCUACAAGUCCAUAAAGCGCCGCAGGAAGCCAGCGGCGAACAAGACCCAGCCCGCGCCCCUUCCACCGGUCGCCGGAACCGCCUCUACUACGUCGCCGACCAACGAAAGCGAUGACAUCGCGUCCGACGACAACGCUCUUUCUGCUCCGCCCGUCCCGCCUGAAGGGCCCUCUGCGGUGUCAAAGUUCGCAUUCAGGGCCCUCCAGUUCCUGCUAGAGAAUCAACUGUACCUGUCUGUCAUCUUCUCGUCGUCGUUCGGCGACAUUGCCCAGCGCCGCUCCCGGCCAGAAAUUGACGCCUUCCUGCGACACCUUGAAGCUGUCCGUGACGCAGAGGGUGACUCCAAGUGCAUGAAGGUCCUCACGCACCGCGCUCAGCUACAAGAUAUGGACCCUAGUUGA